AUGGCAGGAAAAGUAAUUACCAAACUGCCACUUCCUGCAAACAGCAAGAUUGUCGCUGUAAAUGUGCCAGCAACACAAGGAGGCAUUGUUCAAGUACAGCAGAAAGUCCUGGGUAUCAUUCCAUCAAGUACAGGUGCCAGUCAGCAAACCUUUACUUCAUUCCAGCCCAGAACUGCAACAGUCACGAUUAGGCCCAAUACCUCAGGCUCUGGAGGAACCACAAGCAAUUCACAAGUAAUCACAGGGCCACAGAUCCGCCCUGGUAUGACCGUGAUUAGAACACCACUCCAACAGUCAACACUAGGAAAGGCAAUUAUUCGAACACCUGUGAUGGUACAGCCAGACAACAGAGACUGGAUAACGGUUGGCAGUGAAAACAGACUCACUGCCAACCAGGGUGGCAAUCAAGGUUUGACAGUAGUAAUUCAAGGACAAGGUCAAACUACUGGACAGUUGCAGUUGAUACCUGUACUCCCAGGUAUCAACUGGGAGUACAGGAGUGACUGUACUCCCAGGCCCAGGCCAGCAGCUAAUGCAAGCUACAAUGCCAAAUGGUACUGUUCAGCGAUUCCUCUUUACCCCAUUGGCAACUACAGCCACCACAGCCAGCACCACCACCACCACUGUUUCCACGACAGCAGCAGGACAGUCUCCUUUUCGUGUCCAAAGUCCAUCACAGACUCGAAUACGUCCAUCAACUCCAUCCCAAGUGUCUCCUGGACAACAAUCCCAGGUUCAGACUACAACCUCACAACCGAUUCCAAUUCAACCACAUACAUCUCUUCAGAUACCUUCCCAAGGCCAGCCACAAUUACAACCCCAGGUACAGUCUUCAACUCAAACUCUUUCAUCAGGACAAACUUUAAAUCAAGUUACUGUUUCAUCCCCAUCCCGUCCUCAGCUACAAACACAGUAGCCACAGCCCCAAGUCAUUGCUGUGCCUCAGCUGCACAGCAGUUAUUCCCGCGAUUCCGUGCUUUCAUUUCAAAUUUGCAUGCCCCGCCCUUUCCCCCAGGAGGCGUGAUCACCUCGUUUGACUCCGCCCCCGGCCACCUCCGCAUCAAGGGCCGGGGCUCCGCUGGGGGCGACUUCCUUGCUCGUGUCAAUCCAGCCAAAAGACCGAACCGAAAGAGACUACGGGACGAAGGCGGAUGGGUCUGUGGAAAAGAUCUGUUGGCGGAGAGCAGUCCACGUUUUCCUGGAGAAAGACGAGGUCGCAAGGCAUCAUCAUCUAAGUAUGCAGAAGGCUCUGAUUUGCAAUAUUUAGGAAGUUCUUCUAAGCUGGAAAGAAAAGUCAAGACAAAGAAUCAUCGCCAAUAGUGUGCAGUUGGCAGUAGAUGUGCAGAUACCGGAAUGUUUGGAGGGAGUGGCAGGUGAAGCAGUUUUUAUUGAUACAGAGGGA